AUGUCGCAGUGCAAGAAGUUUACUCCCAACAUAUUUUAUAAGACAAAGUGUUCGAAUUGCUUUCGACAGAAGGAGGAACAUUCCGCAGAAGCUCUGGAAUCUAAUCGAGCCAGCCGUUCCGUAGCCCGCAGAGGGUACCUGUUCGUUGCGCCAGAUUGGGAUUUCUCGGUACCGCUUAACCGGACGAAGAGAUGGCAACGUCGAUGGUUCGUGCUGUACGAUGAUGGGGAAUUAAACUAUUCUGUCGACGAACAUCCCGAUACGGUUCCCCAAGGCUCGGUGGACAUGUGCAAGGUCCUGGAGGUGACCGGCGCCGAGCAGGUGACCGGCCAUCCGCACUCCCUGGCGCUGACCAGCCCGGACCGCGUCACCUUCGUGAAGGCGACGAGCCGCGAGGAGGCCCGAUGGUGGGCCGAAUUGCUGGCGGUGUUCCCGCGCCGGCACAAGCGCAGCGCCACCUUUCCCGGCGGCCGCGCCUCGCCCAGCCUGCCGCAAUUGGGGCGCAGCGCGUCGCCGCAGCCGCCGCGGCCCCGCGACCUGCCCGUCACCGGGCCGAGUCCGCGGGCGAACUUCGAAACGCCGCCGCUGAAGGAGGAGCGCGAAUCGCCGGCGAGGGAGCACGACGCCUGCAAAAGCGCCGCGGCGACGCCGGCCAGGAGCCUGCCCAUCGAGACGCCGGCGCCGGGCGUGCUGACGCCCUAUUUGAGACCUGAUUACCUAGUGAGCAGCGGCUCGCCACCGACUCGAGACAAAUUGCGAUGCGACGAUAAGGCUCGGGCGCGAACGAAUUGGAGGAACGAAAGGCUGCGGGACAUCGCGACGUCCCUUACCGAGCACCGGCCGCCGGCCGCCGAAUCCACCACGCUGACCUUGCCCGCCGAGGGCCUUCUGCAUCUCAAAAAGGGCUGGUUGUGGCAGAAAAUAACCGAUUCGGAGUGGAUCAGACGGUGGACGGUGCUCUGCUACCCGACCAUCCAGCUGUUCCAAGACCAAGACGAGCAGAACAACGCCAAACUGACCAUCGAACUGUCCACUAUCACCAAUUGCGUCGAAGUGCCGACCAACUGCAAAUACGGCUUCGAGAUCCGAUGGUCGGGGCAAGCGUUGAUUUUGAGCGCCGUGACGCAGAGCAUCCGCUACAAUUGGCUGCAGGCCCUGCGACAGGCGGCGAAUUUGAGCAGCGACGGAACGAACACCAUCGGCAGUCCGAUUUCCCCGACGACGCCCAAAUCGCUGCUGGCGUCGGCGUCCAGCGAUGAGGAAUACAAGACCGCUUCGGAAGGUGGUCGAAGAGGUUCGGAAGAUUGGGGCGAACUGUCCCCGUCGCCGCCAUUGAACAGGCUAUCGUUCAACAAGGUGAAAGACAGGGCGAGACUGAGGCCUAGAUUACCGCGCUGCCAAUCCAGGCACUCUACUGUAGAUAGUACGUCAACAGACGAAUUAGACUGUGCCAAAGAACCCGAUUCGGUUCACGUUCACAACGCCAUCAACGCCAAGCAGACCGACGAAAUCGCCGAGCUCCACAAGAAGCUGCAGAAGGCCGAGGACGAGGCCAGGCUGCUGCAGGAGGAGAUUGCUAGAUUGAAGAAAUUUCAAUCGGACGCAGCCGUUCGAGAGAAAAAGUCCAAGGAGAUGCUGUCGAAUCUGGAGCAGGUAGAAAUCGAAUUGAACCAAAGAAACUCCCAAAUGGAAAUCGAUUUCCUGAAGGAGCAGCGGGCGCUGCAGCGGCGGCUGCUCGAAGCCGAAUACGUCGCCAGGCUGCACGAGGAGAAAUGCGACAUUCUCGCCAAGGACCUGCAAGUGAAGCAAAAGGAGCUGCUCGGCCUGCAAGACGAAGUGUUCGCUUCGAAUAAAAAACUCAACGAGGAACGGGACGAGACCGGCAGGCUGCACGACAAAAUACGGGAACUCGAAGGCAAAUCGAACCGCAAAUCGAAGGUGUACCAAACUGAUUCCAUCAACGAACUGAUCGACAUCAACAUGGACAUCGACGUCGACGAGAUGAACCCAAAUGAACUGAAGGAGUACUGCUUGGACCUGCAGAGCCGCUUCGAGCGGGCCGUGCAGGAGAUCAGGGCGAUGAAACGGGCGCUUCGCGACUGCGAGGAAAAGUGCGACGUCCUGGAAAUAACGAACGGCCGAUUGCAGGGCGUCAUGGAAGCGAGGGAACAGGAACGGGAAUCCGAAGUGAAGCUUCUGUCGCAACGAUUGGACCAUCUGACGACGAAAUUGAUCGCCACCGAGAAACAGCUCAAAGCCAAAUCGAAGAGCGAGGCCAGAGACAAGAGGAAAUCGCUUUCGUUGAAAGGUAGAGAGAGCUUCUCGAUAAACAAGGAGCUCGAAGAUAAAAUCACGGAACUGGAGGCUAAAAUCAUCGCUUUGGAACGGGGCAAAUCGAAGCGGGCUUACAAAAGGGACAGGAGCAGCGAUAGGUCUUCGCCCGUCGAUAAAUCCUUGAGGCGCAACCGCAGGAAGAGCUUAGACAGCGCCACCACCUCCGAAUCGAUGAAGUUGCUGAUGCGACUGAGCAGUCUCGAGACGAAGGUCACGAACGCCUCCGACGAAUCGUUGAACACGCUGCAAGGCAGCACGAUGGACUUGAGCGCCAAAUCCGAACAACUCCAUUCGAACAACAACAACAAAAGUCUGGACUUCGACGUUCUAUUAUCGACGGCCAAGCUGAAAGUGAACGAGUGCCUGAACAACGUCUAUUUGUUGAAGAACCACCGCAAGAGGGCGUCGUCGCCCAACAUGGACAAGCUCGUCGCGAUCGAGAACUCCUUGAACGAACUGUUGGACAUUUUGAACAAACGCGACUGCGCCAUCGCCGCCGACGAAAUCGACGUCAUUAACACGUCGGCCGGCGCCGUCGUCAAGCAGUUGCAAAAUCUAUUAGUUGAUAAACUGGCGAGUUUAGCAGAGAAAAAAAGACUGUUAAAAGAAAACAAUAAUUGGGAUACGGCGGGAAGAUUGCAAAUUCUAGCGGAAAAAGUGGCCUACGAAAAUAUACUAGUUAACAGGAUACAGGAGGCGCUCGUGUCACCGGCGACGGGCGAAGCCAUCUGCGAGCGUUUGGCCAAUAAGGAAAUCCGCGAGACCGCCUGUCUCAUCAUAGGCCUGCAGAACAAAUUGAACAACUCCAGUACGGCGCAGCAGCCGUCUUGCAGGACGAGCGCCGAGUACUUGUCGAAAAUCCUGGCCAAGUGUUUAGUAUCGGCGGCGCACGGUUUCAAAUCCUGCAAGAACUUCGUAGCGAUACAAGGUACGUCCAUUAACCUCCUCUGUGAUGAAAAACGCCACCUGGACUCCCUGUUGGCCUCGUACAAAUCGAUAAAGUUACCACAACUGGCGGAAUCGUUGGCGCUGGAGACGGUGAAUCAGUCGUGUCGCAUCGAUUCCGCGACCAAUGAAAUGACCAAAAACGCGCGCGAAGUCGUCGACGCGGAGCUGGUGCGCUCCGAAGUCGAUCACGUGUUCCUGAAGGCAGCCCGGAUGUUCCAAUCGAAUCUCGACGCCGAUCACGCGUUCUUCUUCAGCUUCUUCGCCUCCGAACGGGCGGCGCUCGAGCUGUGGUCGGACUCCGUCGGCGAGCAUCUGUCCAAGGAGAUCAAUAAGAGCGUAGCCGAAUUGACCGAGCUCUAUCAGAACAAUUUGAAUAAGUUUCUCAAACAGAAUUGGGGUUGUAGAGUAGAAUCCGAACAUAAUUCUCGAAUAACGACGAAAAUGCUGCACGAGUACGCCGAGGUGAUAGCCCACAAGGCCCUAAUCGAUGCCAGAAUAGCGGUCUUAAACGGGCAAUACGUCCCCGACGACUGUCGCGACUCGAGAAACAGCCUCGAUUGUUGGUUGGAAAAUGAAAAGUACUGGUCUUUGCUCGAAGACCAGUCUCUUCUUCAAAUAAACCAAAGUUUAGAAGCCGAAUUCAAUUGUAUGAUCGACAGAUUCAGCGAGGAAUGCUACGCCUUGAUCAGCCGGCCGGAGCUCGAGGAAUUGGUCGGGCUCCUGAACGAGAUGUCGUCGAGAAUCGCCGAUGUGCAGAAACACUUGGAGGUGCCCGUUAACGAAGACGAUGCCGUUGUAGAAAACUGGAACGACGUUUGCCAGAAAUGCACCAGCUUGAAAAACAGCUUGGAGGAUAUACAUAAAACCUUAAACGAAAGCACAUCUAAAAAGUAUAAUGUAUUAGACGAUGAAAGACCGAUUUAUCUAAGGAGCGAAUAUCUUCCUCAAGUCGAAAAUCUCCAUUCAGCUUACCGAAGAGCUCUGGCAACGUGCCAGUAUAGACACAAGGAAUUGGACGUGGAGCAAUUACAACAAUUGUGCGAAAGAGUAUUAGCCACCAUGGAACAGUGGUACCUGAGAACCAUCAACGAGCUGCGCGAAGCUCAUUCGAGAGAAGUCGAAAUACUCAAGCAGGAGAAAGAACAAGCUCUGGCCGAAGAAACGCAAGCCACUUUGGCCGCUUUGGAUGCGAUGCGUAAGGCGCACGUGGCCGAAGUGCAACGCGAGGUGGCCAAGUUCAAGCAGGACUUCAUCAGGCAGCAUCGCGAUCGGGAUCGGGAUUUGAUCGAUUUCAGCGAGAAACUGUCGAUGAAAUCGUUGGAGGUGGCGGCGCUGGAGGAACGACUCGACUCGGCGACCAGGCAACUCGCCAACGCCCAGCAACACAUAUUAAAACUCGAAAGGAACCCACAGAUUCCUGCCAUACAGGUAAUU